CUAGCCUCAGUGAGUCAUGUGACGCAGCAGAUCAGCUCAGCUUUAGAUGCCUUUGUCGAUAUAUAUGGCUUCUUUAUUUCACCGAAAUGUGAUAGCGUAAUAUUUUUACCUUUUCUGAUAUCCGAUCUAAGACGAGACGGCGAAAAGAGUUGUUAAGGCGCUAUUUGCCGAAUAGGAGGAGGUAACUUUAGCUAGCUUGCUAGUUCAACACUAGCCCUCUGAAACACGAGCAUUUGUGUCUUUAUCACCUUAAAUCAGUAAUAUAUGUUGAUAUGGCACACAGGAAACAAGUGUUUCAAUCAAAAGUCCUUCAGAAGCUCUAUCCUAUUUCGUCCACAUUGAGGAAAGAACAAAGUCCACCUCUUAUUGCAGAGGCUGAAGCCAAGACAUCGCCUGUGAAAAGAAAAGCAUCUGGGCAGGGCACUGUGUUGGGAGGUGCAGGAAAGGCACAGAAUGCAGCCAAUCCAUGCCCUCGGAUGUACACAGUCCUACCACCUCCUCCAGACUAUAAUAUACAUCUGGAUAAAUCUGUCGCACCUCCCCAGCCCGAAAGCAUAAAUAGUGAUGAGGAUCCAGCUGCAGAUGGAAGUGUCCAUGGUAGCAGUGAAGAAGAGGAUAAACAAAAUGAGGCAGAAGAGCAAAGCAGCAGGAGGAGGAGGAGGAGAAGGAAGAGGAAGAAAGCUUCUCUUCAGGACCCUGGGAAAAAUGAGACUCCACUCACGGAGUCCAGCACAGGUCAGAGUCAGGUGACUGCAGGAGAGCGCAUUACCAAGAAUAAGAAAAGAAAACUGAAGAAAAAAUUGCGCAAAGAGAAGCUGAUGUCCMUGGGUCUGAUGCCUAAAGCUGCUCCACUGGAGUUCACGUACAGCAAGGAUGAAGAGGAGGAGGAAGAUGAAGAGAGAAGAGCUGCUGAGCUGUUGCAGUUCCUGAAGACUACAACAGAAAUCUACAUGUCAGAUUCCUCGCUGCGUGCAGCACAGACUCCUCACCUGUCCACUGCAGUCGAUGACCUCCUGGCCAGCAUAAAGACYGGAAGCCAGCCCGACUCUGUCCUGAAGCAGCUCUGCUGCCUCAAGGCCUUUGUUCAACAGAAAGAUACAACGAGUGUGGAAAAGRCACUGAUGGAGCUCAGCAGCUGCCCCUCCAUGUCUGCAGAAGAAACCACUGCAGUCGUUUCGCUCUUCAAAUACUGGAUCACAGACAUUCUUCCUUUACAAAGAAACGAGGAGACAAGAUGUUCUGCUGCACACCCUUAGGACUGUCAGUCAAAGAUGCACGGAUAAUAAUGUUUCCGCUGGUUCUGAAAAUGUUGAGCUUUUUAUAAAAGCAUAUUUAUACAUGGUUUUAUAAUAAAAUAUUCCACAUUUUA